AUGACGUACUGCAAAAUGUGCAAGGUGGAGCUGAGGCCAAAUGUCCAGGACCUCAAACUUCACAGAACAAAGCUGAAGCACCAGAACAAUCUCCUGCGGUUCACCCCUUCACUUGCGGGACGGAUAGACUCCUUCGUGACAGCGCGGUCAAGGGAUACCAAAUCCACCACUGCUUCUAAGGAUGUCAAAGCCACCAAACUACGUUUGGCAAAUCACCUCGCCACCCACGGGGCCUUCCUCACAGCGGACCAUCUGACGUCCCUUGUGAAAGACUUAAUCAAGGAUUUGUCAGUUGCAACGUUGGUGACCAUGGUCCGAACGAUGUGCGCUUGUAACGAAACUGGUGCAAGCAUGUUGUGUAACAAGUACAACAGCCUUUUCACUAACAUGAAGGAAGUGAACCGUCGUCCCAUCCUUGUAAAAUGCGGGUGUCGCUCCCUCACUCACAAGGACUAUCUCGUCCAUCAGACCUUUCCAAAGAGGCAGCAAAUGUACAAGGCCAUUUAUGAGGCUAUCAAUACAGGAAAGGUACCCAAAAAGCUCGUAGGAAUGUCAGCCAUGCGGUGGCUCAGCAUUUCUGGCGCAAUGAAAAUAGUUGUGGAUCAGUGGCUGGAACUGAAGAUGCACUUUGAUGUAGCCAGGUGCCAGGACCGCUGUUAUUCCGCCAAAGUACUAACCAAAAUGUACCGCGACGAACAAACCUUUUCGCUCGUAACAUUUCUAAGCCCUCUAGUUGCGGAGUUCGACCAGAUCAAUAAGAUCUAUCAGUGCGAGAACCCUGACCCGGUAGUGCUGCACAAGAAUCUGUCCUCAUUUGUCACAUCUCUCAUGAAAAGAGUGAUAAUGCCACCUCACGCGUCGCCCAAGUGCAGUAACUGGGAGGACCAUGUGCUUCAUGUGCGCACGUACGGCAUGGGGGGUGUCCCAAGUAAAAUUGAUGUGUUGUAG